AUGUCAGGAAAAGGGGCUAAGAGAUUGAUAACGGGUAAAACCCCUGCCUCAACCAAAGACAAGGACAAGGAUAACAAGAAGAAACCCGUUUCUCGUUCUUCUACAGCCGGUCUUCAGUUCCCCUUACUUUGGAGUCACCCUCUUCAGGGUUUCUACAGGGAUAACUGGAUCUCAAAACACAGACCCACAGUGGAGAAAAGAGCAAGGAUAGUCUGCAAGUGCAAAAAUGCCAGAUCAGCUUUCUCUUCCUUUCUCACCAGUAUUAUGCGGAGACAAUAUCCAUCAUCCCCACCCACCUCGCUCUCCUCUUACAUUGCUCCAUUUGAACUCAACGAAAACUCCCCUCUCUUACCAUAUCUUUCGGUGAAUGCCAAUGGAAGAGUUGGGGCCACGGCUGCAGUGUAUUCCGCUGCUAUCCUGGAGUAUUUAACUGCAGAGGUGUUGGAGUUGGCUGGCAAUGCAAGCAAGGAUCUGAAGGUAAAGCGUAUUACACCUAGACAUUUACAGCUCGCUAUCCGAGAAGAUGAAGAACUUGACACCCUCAUUAAAGGAACAAUUGCUGGUGGUGGCGUUAUUCCUCAUAUCCACAAGUCUCUCAUCAACAAAUCCUCUAAGGAGAAAGUUGCCAAACCUAUAAAGGGUCGUUCCAUGUUAGUUGAAGGUUCUUCAACAGUACAUCCAGCACAACUCUUCUCCCAACUUAAAAUCAGAGUGGUGAUGCUGGUCUUUAAAGCAUCCCCAGCAACCAAAAGAUCCUUUGACAAAGAAGCACCAACCCUCCUUGUGGAGUCCUCCUCCCUGGGUAAGGAAAAUUUCAUGGGUGAUGAGAUAGUGGUUUUAAGAGAUGGGGUGGAAACGGGACCAAGAAAAAAUGGUAGGGGAUUACAGUUUCCUCUGCCCAGUGUAAACACAGACCAUAGACGUCGUGUUCAGAAAUUGAAGAGAAAACGUUCGUCCCAAUCUUCAAAUUUCUUCUUCUUCUCCUUCCCUUUCGUAUCAGAGUCUUGGACGAUGUCGUUUGGAUCCUCUCUCUUAUCUCAGCCGCAUAGCGUUCGAUUCUUGUUCAACAACAACGGAACCUCUCGCUUCAAAGCCGCUGCCCAAGUUCCCGAUUUCCUUUCCGAGGAUUGGUUCAAAUCUCGCAAGAAAAAACCCUUUGGGCCACGAUUAGAUUUUAGUGCAGAGGAUGCGGUGCAUAACCAGCUCGAAGCCUUGAAGCACAAUGAUCAACCUCGUCAAGACUAUGGAAUCGAGGUUAUGUACAGGUUCGCUGGAUUUGAUCCUUUCGAAAGAUCUACCUAUUUUGGGCCAUUCUUUGAUUUGGGCCAGUUUGAAAGGUUUAGGCGUAUUUUUCACCAUUCUACUUAUCGAGUAUUGCUAGGUCACAGGGAGAGAAAGAUCAUGAGCACUUUGUUUGUCGAGGAGAACAAAUACAAGCAGCGGGUUUGGAUUCGUGGAAGUCGACCGGAGGAAGAGGAGAUAUUUCAAUUUACAAUGGUUCAGAGGGUUGGUGGAUGCUGGGAUGGUUACUGGUUGACGGAAUCUCUGCUUCACGACACUGAUACAUUUUCUGGUGGAUUAGCAUAUUAA